AUGGACAUUGUGUGGAAGUCACAACUCGUGCCUAAGCAAACCAUGGAUCCUCCAAUGCCAUCAGAGGUAGAAAUUGGUGGUACUAAAGAUGUAGAUGUGAUUGAUAAUGAGAGAGAGUUCGAUAAUGUGACCGAGAAAGUGUUUUUUGUAACUGAGAAAGUGUUUAUGAAACACAUAGUUACAAAGAAGAGAUCUGUGAGUUUUGAAGAUGACAAGAAGUUGCAACAUCGUAGUGCUAUUGCUAUAGUUUCUCUUGUGAAGAAAAAGAAUAAUCAUGGUUCUUUCACUAUCCCUUGCACCAUCGAAUUAUUGUAUUUUGACAAGGCAUUGUGCGAUCUUGGUGCUAGCAUUAACCUCAUCCCAUUGUCAAUUUACAAGAAGUUGGGAUUGGGUGACGACGAUGUGCCUAUAAAAGUGGAGUCAUAUAUCUUUUUGGCCAAUUUUGUUAUUAUACGCUGUGAGGAUCACUUUGAGGUUCCAAUUAUCCUUGGGAGAUCAUUCCUUUCCACGGGGCAUGCUUUGGUUGACAUGGAGAAAGUGAAAAUCAAGGAGAGAUUGGGCGUUGAGGCAUUAGAAAUAGUAAUAAUGAACUUUUUGAGUGAUUUUAUUGAAGAGUAUGAUGAAUUAGCGACAACACUUGAUAGGUGUGAAUAUCGGGCAAAGGCAAAGAAAUUGGACUUGGAUAUGAAAAAUCAGGAGAUUCCAUUAGCAAUGUAG